UACUUUGGAGUAGUCAUCAAACCCGAGUUGCACGUGUUAGUGUUGGCCGUUGUUACGUGAAGUUUUUGGUUUUUUGGUUUUUCCAGUGUGUUUUCUUUUGUGAUUUUCUUUUUCGAAAUCGUACGUACGUAUUUUCGUAGUGAAAAUUAUCAAUCGAGUUUUUAAUUAAUCCACACAGCAACGGCAGAACAUAAACAUGUAUUCCACAAUUCAAUUGGUUUUCUUCGUUUUAUUGGUCGGUGUCUCGGUUUUAGCCGCUCCAGCUAAGAAAAAUAUCGUUUUUAAAGCUUGCCAUAAGAGCGAUCCUGCUUUCAUGCAAUGCUUCAAAUCUGAAUUGCAAAAUGUCAUACCUCUUUUGAAUGACGGAUACCCAAAAUACAGACUACCACCUUUGGAUCCUUUUGAUUUGCCAGCUUUGGAUAUCGCAAAAGGAAGCGGCGCUGUCAGCGUUGAUCUCAGUCUUCAAAAAUUGAAAAUCUACGGUUUAACUUCCGCUCGUUUAGAAUCACUCAACUUGGAUGUUGACACUUUGAAAGCUAACGCUAAAUUCACUUUCGCCAAACCCAUCAGUUUGAUUGGACAAUACACCGCCAAAGGAAAAGUACAAGUUUUACCCAUUAACGGAAAAGGACCAUGCAACAUUACUAUGGUUGACCCGGUUUUGGAAUUAACCGACAUCCAAGGCGAAGUUAGACAAAAAGAUGGCAAAAAUUACAUCGAUUUGAAAGGAGUCACUUUAAAAGCUACUAAAAUGGGAAAACUUAUACUGAAAUUGGAAAAUCUUUUCCAAGGCAACAAAGAAGUCAGUGAUAAUUUGAAUGUUUUCCUCAAUGAAAAUUGGGAACUGCUUUUUGAAGAACUGAGACCAGCGUUCGAAGAAGCUGUCGCUGUCAUUUUGAAAGAGGUCGCGAGUAAGGUUUUACAAAAAAUCCCCAGAGAUGAAAUCUUCCCAGCAUAAACAAUAUGUUCGUUAGACCGACAACGAUUGCUAAAAUAACCGCUUUAUGGAAGUUCGUGGUGGUAACGAUUAGAUCCUCAUCGCUUUCUACAAGUUGAGAAUUUUUUUCGCUGUCUCCAUCGUCAAGUCUUGUUAGCGUGUUAUUCAACUACCUAUUCGGUUUUUUCAGUUGCAUUUUUCUUUUGUUUACCUUUUACUCUUUUUUUCGUCGAAUGGAGCUCGUAAUACGGUUUAUUGUGAACCGUUUACUUCUACAUACGUUCGAGCAUUUUAUUUUAAUUCAUUAAUUUAUUUAUUUAUUUAUUUAUUCAUUUGUUUGUUUUUCAUAUUUUUUUUUGUUCAAUUGUUUGUCUAUCGAGAAAUUUUUCUUUUAUUUAUUUCUUACAAUUUUUGUACUCGAGUAAAUAAAUAUUGAAAUAAUUUGCAGUUUUUAAA